AUGCAGUCUUUGUGGGACAUAAAAUCUUUCCACAUCCAGAAGAUGACCAGCCUUGAUGAUUUGGUGGCUGGUGACGCCAUUGCAGCUGCGAUGCAAACAAAUAAAUACACAGCAAGUUUCUUUGAGAAAUAUGACACCUACGACACGUACGAGCUGAUAGCAUGCACGCACUCGCACUGGUUCCUGUCCAGCGAAGACCUGAAGGUCAGCGUAGAAAUGCCCCUGGGUUUGGUCAAGAAGAUGGUCCCCCUGGGCCAGAACGAAAACCAGUGCUUGUUCCUCCUCCCUGAGGAUGACAUGGAGGGCUGCGACCCGUUGGAUUUCCGGGAACUUCACCAAAUUAUCCGUGAAAUGACCAUUGGCAUGUAUGUGUUUGGUCAACUGCCGUCCAUUUCUCUGGAAGCAAAUUUCGACCAGAGCACUUCGUGUCAGCUGCCGCAGGCUUACGUGGACACCCGUCUCGGACAGGUGCUGAUUAAUAUUGACUACAUGAUGAAGGCGCUAUGGCACGGAGUCUACUUCCCCAAGGAGAAAAGGACAAAGUUUUCUGAGAAGUGGAGAAAAAGUUUGGAUGUGAAUUCGCAAGGGAAACCUGAAACGAAGAAGCCGUUUAUUACAGAGUUCACCAGUGCAGGCAUGUUGGACAUCACUAAAGAUCCCGACUACUCCAAGGCCUACGAAGACAUGCCAGAGGAAGACCAAAAUAACGUCACUGUCAUGGAGGACAAACGUUUCUUCAUGAGUCAUGUAGACGAUAUCCUGAUGCAGAUGACUGGCUAUCAGAACAAGGUCUAUCAGGACCGCUGCACUUUCCUCAUCGAGGCAGACUGGUCCGUCAGCAGUGUGAUUAAGUUGGCGGAAGACGUGCUGGACCACGAUGGCUACAUGCGUCUUAAAUCGCGGCUGCGGAACCAGCAGAUCGUGAUAAAGCAGUCCCUGGGGAAUAAAAUUGAGAUUAAGCGUCAGCUCAAGUUGCUCAAGUUUAUCAGCUUCAUGGUGCCAUUUUUGUGUGCAAUGCGGAAAAGGAUGAAGAUUCCUGACCUGACCCGACUACUGCCCAACAUGACAGGUGAUGAGGUUAGGACUGAGAGAGAACUCCCCCCUCUUAUACUUACUAAUGACUACAAGUGCAAGAACUUUGGUUUUCAUAAUCAGUAUUUCCACCUUCAUGGAGGUAUACAGUUUGCAUACGAGACGUCCAAUCCAGAGCCGCUGCCAUCAGCCAUCCAGCAGGAGACGCAGGCGCUCAUGGACGCCGCCAUUGCUCACAAUAACAAAAUCCUCGACCCAGAUGUUCCUGUGACAGACUUCUAUCCCAUACCUAUUAAGGAGAUUGAUGGGAAAAGAUACUACGUCUUUGCUCUGGACUUUGAAACCUUUCACCCUGUCCCGCCUCAGAAGCCGAAAUGGGUCAACGUGAUGUCGGAGAAAAUCCGUGACUUGAAAAUGAAGCGUCCUCCUAUGUCUGAGCACCAAGUGUUUGAGUACUUCAAGAAGUAUUUUGGUUAUAAAAAGGCAAUGAAGUGUAAGACUCCCCAGGUUGGUUUGCGGGAGGCUGCCAGACGAGGGUUGGUGGCUGCCUUCCACGGUCUGCUCCGGCGUUGUCCCAUCCCUCGGCUGUCAAAACCUGACGACCAGGGAUUUUAUCUAGCGCACCACGCCGCCAUGUUUAAUAACCCUCAUGUCCUUGGCUGGAUGAUCAUACAGCAGCUUGAUGUUACACAGAAAAGGUUCGAUAACUUCGCCUCUGUAGGACUAGAGGUUGGGGAAGGAACUCCAGGCGUUUCCAGAGCCAACGAAGGUCCUACUCCCCUCCAUCUUGCAGCCCGUUGCGGCUCCCUGGAUGCGGCGGCGUGCCUGAUGAGCAUGCCGUUCAGUAACCCUCUGAUCCAUGACAGCAUUGGCUGGGCGCCCGUGCAUCACGCUGCGUUCUUUGAUAACGCCCCUGUGUUACAACUGAUGAUCAGAAGGCAGCCGGCUCUGCUGGAGUUACCCACCAAAAAUGAUCUCCGAUCCCCUCCCUUGCUGCUGGCGGCAGGUGCUGGGGCACUGGACUGCGUGAUAUGUCUGAUCAACCUCCAAGCUAAGAUCACAGCCUGUGACUCCAACAAGAACAACAUGGUUCACCUGGCCACCCUCAAACUACACACACAUGUCCUGGAAUGGCUGAUCAAGUGGGACAAUAAAGAACUGCCCGUCUGGGACUUACUCGUAGGAAUGAUGAAAAAUGAGGACAUCAAGAAAAAAGACAGUGCUGUGAAGUGUAUGGAGACUUUGUCUACUUCAGAUCCCUUACACUGGCAGUCAGUACUUAAGGCAGGUGGUGUUUCUGCCCUGGUGGAAUUGCUCAAACUGGACAACGAAGAAAUUCAAGCCGUUGCUGCGGCGACAUUAUGCAACAUAUCAGAACACGAACCAAUCAGACAUGCUCUUACAACUGCACAAGCUGGACCAAUCCUCAUCAAGCUCUUAUCCUCCCCUGUGGAUGACAUCCAAUCCCGUGCUGCAAUAAUAUUAUCAGACUUGGCGUGUGUCGAUAACAACCAGGACUCCAUAACAGAUCAAGGAGGCAUUCAGCCAUUGGUCAAUUUAUUAGACUCGGUGCUUGAGGACGUGUUGGUGAAUGCAGUGAACGCGAUUCGUGUGAUGUGCACCAAUAAUAACACCAACCAGUCGUGUGUGGCGGAGUGCGGAGGCAUUGAGCCACUGGUGGAGUUCCUGACUGUCAACUCAGAUAUUCUUCAAGCAGCAGCAUCAGCUGCCAUUGCAGCUCUUUGUCGUGGACAUCGUAAGAACCAGGAUGCAGUGGUGGCAGAGGGCGCAGUCAGGCCAUUGGUCAACCUGAUCAAGGGGCGUGGUAACAUCACAGUGCAGGUGAAGGCGGCGGCUGCAGUGGAGGCGUUGGCUGAGAACAACCCUCCCAGUCAACACGCUUUUCUGGAGCUGGAGUGUCCCAAGGUCCUCACCAAGUUCUUUAAGGUGUGGUCAGUCUCAGUAAAGGAGCAGGGGGCCACAGCGCUGUGGGCGUUAGCUGGACACACCCACAGACAACAGAAGUUUAUAGCAGAGAGGAUUGGUGUUCAUCAACUCAUUGAGAUGUUGUUGUCUGGGUCUGAGAAGUUACAGUUUGUAGGUUGCCGAGCUGUGAUUGCCUUGAGCAGAGAAAACAUGGACAACCAGAGCAAGAUGACCAAUGAAGGUGGCAUCUCACCCCUGGUCAGAUUACUGCGGUCAAACAACACCACUGAAAGGGUGCUCAGACAGGUCAUUGAGACACUGGGAACACUGUGUGUGGGCGUGGCCCAUAGGAACAACAAACUGGUCCAGAAGAAGAUAGCAGAAGAAAACGGCAUCACUAUCCUUGUGAAGCUCCUGGUGAAGCCUCCGUCUCCUGACAUCCAGGUGGAGGUGGCCAACACGCUAGGAUGUAUCGUGCUGUGUAACACGGAGAACCAGGAACUGCUGAAGGCGGAGACAGAUUUCAAGUUCAACUUGCUGCUGGAUUUGCUGGUGUCCAAGAAAAUGAAUAUCCGUCUGAAGGCAGGCAUGGCGCUGGCUGUGUUUGCGUUCAACAACACCCCACAGCAGUAUAACAUCCGAGAGGCGGGCGGCAUCAAGUACAGCUGCUUUAAAGAUCUGCUNUUUUUUUUAAAGUCAUUAGUUCUCAAAAUUGGAGCAUUCCUUUUGUCCAGUGGUGGCAAGAUAAUUAAAAAGUAG